AUGGACAAGUCCCUCCUGCUAGGACCCUUCAUCCUAUUCUGCUGUUUUAGGGAUACGGAGAUUAUUCAAUGCAGAAUGUGUCACCUACAGUUCUCUGGAGAAAAGUGUUCUAGAGGGAGAGGAAGAUGCAUGGCGACACUGCAAGAGGCCUGCAUGGUCGGGAAUAUUUUCAAAAGGGACGGCAGCCUCUGGUUGACUUUCAUGGGCUGCUUAAAGAACUGCGCUAACGUGGAAAACAUAAAGUGGAGUGCCUAUCUGGUGAGCUUCCGCUGCUGCCGGGGCUAUGACCUGUGCAAUGAAGGCCUUUAG